GCAGACACCCUGGCUGGAGUCUGUUGGGGUUUCUGCUUGAACCCGAUUCCGUGGCUGGAGUCGGGUGCGCGGGAAUCUGCGUUUGACUUGGCAGGAUGUGAGUUUCGGAUCGGUGACCGAUGGUUCAGAUACAAAAAAUGCCUUCCUGGAACCGAGGAAAAGAAGACGGAAGCGUGUGUUGUCCGUGAGAAGUUUCUGGCCCCUUGCCGUGAGGGAAAGACGUUCGUACGACCCGGGAGUGCCAACGCGGGAACGGUGGAUGCGGAGGAAGUGGAGAAGUUUAGAAUCCUGGCUUCUGGCUGGUGGGAUAAGAAUGGUGCAAUGAAGGGUCUGCACGCCCUCAAUCCCUUGCGGGUGUCUCUGGUACGGGAUGGUCUGGUGAGAACUGGAGCUGUUUCGCCCCAGGCCGCCGAAGGACCUCUGCCUCUGCAAGGAUUGGAAAUUUUGGAUGUGGGCUGUGGAGGAGGAAUUCUUUCUGAGGUAAGUCGUCCUGUGUUAAAUACUAAUAGAGUGUUUUGGUAAUCCCCGGUUUCAGAACAGAAAACUUUAAUAUGAUUCGAUUGGCCAACUGUAUUGCAUGAAAUGUUACAAACUUGUUAUAAAACUGUGAAUGGCAAAAUUUAGAAGCAGUGAUAUGUGCCCGUCUGUAGGAAUUUUGACGAAACACCCAGUUUCUGACAUGAUCAUUGGAUGAGCUUUAUUCGUUUCAGUUUCCUUUUAAAUGGUGUUUAAUGGUGUAUACUUUUUUGAAACACAAGCCAAGAUUUUCACUGAAAAUUGUAUGUUGAGUUUGUUUUAAGCGUGCCAUACUGUCAUUAUUGUUUUUGAGUUCUGUAAAGGUUCUUGGUUUGUUUAUGAUUUUUGAUGACUAUUUUUCACAGACAAAACAUUUUUCCUGAGUCAUCAUGAAAAUUGUAACAUUUUUUUGAAUUGAUCACUUUGUGCCUCUCUUUGAUAAUAUGUUUAUUAAUGACUUGAAUUAAAUUGAGUGAUAUACUGUAUUUUAAAUUGUUUUUGUCUGUUGUGGAUGAGUAAAAACAAAAAUUGCUAGCUGCAUGCUUAUAACUGAUUACUGAGAGUAACUGAAAUAUUGGAUAUCAUUUCAAAUGGUGUGUUUGAAACAAAUCCUCUCAGAUAAAAUUUCUACAUCACAAACGAAUUGUCUUUAUGAAUACCUGUUGGGCAUUGAGGUGUUUGUCUAAUUAUCUAACCAUCUGACAAGUUGGUGGAUGCUGUCCACAAAGAAAUACUGUGGCCUUUGGUGACAGAAAACCCAAAUGACCUUGUGCACCUUAGUGUCAGAAGCAAAUAGACUGUUUUUCAAUUCCUCCUUCAGAGUUUGAAGAUUUAGAAAUUGUGGAAAAAUAUCUGAACUUCAAUGACGGACUGAUUGGCGUUUGGUCGGAGGUCUGAACCUCCCACUAAAAGCCGGCCAGUCUAUCCUUUGUGCUGUUUGCGAUGUGCAGUCACGUGUUGUUGCAUGCUAAGGUAAUGCCUCAUAUCAGCCUACCUGGCUACUUAUUUUUGAGACCUAGUUACAAUCUUUUUAUUUAAAAAAAACUUAAAUUUACUUAAAAAAUACUUGUAUUUUUAACUGCUCUAAAAUGGCAAAAAAGCUUAAUUUAAGGGUAGGGAUGGGUUUUAUAAAAAAAAAUUGUGAAUGCUAGUAAUGGGUAAAAUCAUCACUAAGUCCCAUCCUAUAGGAGAUACUGAUGACUCCCUUUAUCUUUCCACCUCCUCUACCUUCAAUUACCAAAAUUUAAUAGUAUUAAUCCCCCUAAUAAACAAACCUUUCUGUAAAAUUUCAGAAAUUUUGAACAAAAUGCAUGAGAGUUAUUAAGCUUCAAAGAGAGUGAAUAAAAUAAAAUA